AUGAGUUCUAAUUUGCAUAUUGCAUUAUCGAUAUUGAAAUUGCACAAAGAAACAGGUAUAAAAGAAACAACUAUUAGUCCCAUUGUUUAAAUGAUAGAUAUUGUUUGGCUUGUAUCCUUUACUUAACAAAAUAAAUAAUUUAACAUAAAUAAAUAAUUCGUUAACAGAAUUAAAUAAUUGACAUGUAGAAAAUUGUAUUAAUCUACUUAAAACAUUUGUUUUUUUUUUCAUGUAACUGGAGAAUAUUUUCUAUGAAUUUGACUUUGAAUUGUUCCCACAGUUUUAUGCAUUUACGCAUUUUCCAAUUAAAAUGACAUAAUAGGUUAAUUACAUGCGCGCGAAAGAAUAGGAUGGAAAACAUUAUUAUAUUAUUACAAAUUUAUUUAAAAAAGUAUUAUUGAACUAUAAUAUCGUAGGAAUACAUAUAAUCAACAAAAAUGAAUUAUUAUUUUCUUUAUUUCGAAAAUUUAAGAAAAAAAUAUUGUGUUCAUUUACGCGUUGUAUCAAAUGUACAGUCACGUGAUUAAUAUGGAUGCAUUCAAAUUGGAAUAUCGUAGAUCAAGUGACACAGUAGAUCAAAUCCAACCUUGCUGACAACUUAUCUCACUAGGUCAUUAAUUUUACUAAUCUUAUUUCUUGGCACUAGUUUUUUUUAAUAAUUUUGUUUGAUAUUUUGCGGACUUUGCACUCAAUUAUGAAAUUACGAAGUGAUAAAAAUACAUUACAUCACAACGAUCCUUUCAGAAAAGAUUGAAACAAAAAUUGUGAAAUUUACUUGAAAAUGAAUUCAGUAUUCGGGAUUUACGCGUAUAACAAAUAAGGAACACAAUAUAAUUAAUGGAAUAAAAACAUUAACAAGGUUAGGUUUGUAACACCUGUAUAUGUCGAUAAGUACGGGAACUGUUUGACUUGUGCGCACUUGCGUUGCGCAAUAUGCGACCAGACAUUUUAAGUCAAUCAGAAAAUCAAUUGUUUUAAAAUUACAAAGUUACACAUUACGUAUAUUUAAUAUAUUACUAUUUUAAACACACGUAGCAAUAUUGUAUAACUAUGUCAUCACUUUUAGAAUGUUAUUUAUCUCGUUAUUACUGCCAAUGUCUAUUAUACAUUGCCGGAAAGAAGACUAUAACGAAUAAUUUAUAACUUUUAUUUUAAUUGGUAAAUUGUUGCGUAGCAAGAUCUCAGGAAGUAUUCCAUGAUUCCAUAUCGUUUUAUGGCCGAAAUAUCAAACGAGUGAAGAAGGUUCAACGUGGGUCACCGGUCACAGAGAGUACGUCCCUGACGACAUCUUCUCUCUCGACACUAACGACACCAACAGUGGUCGGCGGUAUUGCCAGAGCGCAAUCCAGUCGCGGUUUAUCAGCCGAGUUGUAACGGAAAAAGGAGCGGAGGUGCACGCUUUCGAGUAAUCGCCGUGUCUCCUCCGUUCACUCAAAAUCUCGUUUGUGGUAUCCGUCCUUCAUCCCUCGUAACGUAUUUGAUUGAGAAAGGAAAGAAAAGAGAAAGAAAGAACGACAGAAAGAAGAAGGGAAGCAACACUAUAAAACGAAAUUAUAUAAAAUAAAGCGUUCGAGUGCGUGGUCGUAUUUCCACUUUGCACAUUAUCGAUUAACUACUCGAGUCUGCACUUCGCAAGAAUUGAAAAGGGUCAGAGAAACACCGAAGAAACAUCGAAAUCAAGAAGAUGGCGGAUAAAUUAUACUACCCUAAUCCAGAGCUCGCGAAGAGCGCGUACUGCAGCAGUAUGGAGCAGUAUAGAAAGAUGCACGAGAAAUCUGUGAAAAAUCCUCAAGAAUUUUGGAGCGAAAUUGCAAAACAAUUCUAUUGGGAAACUUCGGCAACGGAGGAUAAGUUCUUUUCGUACAACUUCGAUUUGAACAAGGGAGAUAUUUUCAUUAAAUGGAUGGAGGGUGCGUCAACGAACAUAAGCUUCAAUCUGUUGGACAAAAACGUGAAAAGUGGAAAUGGUGACAAGAUUGCGUUUUAUUGGGAGGGCAACGACCCGGACGACUAUUCGCGACUGACAUACAGAAAAUUAUUGGAGGAAGUAUGCAGAUUUGCGAAUGUUUUGAAAUCCAAAGGAGUGACGAAAGGGGAUCGUGUUGCAAUUUAUAUGCCUAUGAUCCUGGAAUUGCCGAUUGCUAUGCUCGCUUGUACCAGAAUUGGUGCUGUUCACAGUGUAGUGUUUGGAGGAUACUCAUCGGACUCGCUGGCAGAACGUAUCAUGGACUCGAAAGCGAAAGUUUUGAUUACGACUGACGGUGUAUGGAGAGGCGAGAAGCUUCUAAUUUUGAAAACUAUCUGCGACGAGGCUUUGAAAAAAGUCAAGAAAAACAGUCACGAGGUUGAGUGUUGUAUAGUAGUUGCACAUUUGCGAAGACUAAGUAGUCCUCAGGGUGCAAAGUCAAACUCAACAGGAAAAACGAAUGGUGUGAAUGGUACAAAUGAUAAUGGCUUCGACAUUCCUGAAGUUCCAUGGGAUGAUGAUCGUGAUUGUUGGUGGCAUGACGAAAUGGAAGAUGCUGAAGACAAGUGUUAUCCAGUCUGGAUGAAUGCGGAAGACCCACUUUUUAUUUUAUACACAAGUGGUUCUACAGGAAAACCAAAAGGUGUUCUACAUACCACGGCCGGAUAUCUAAUCUAUGCAGCCACGACGUUCAAAUAUGUAUUUGAUUAUCAUCCCAGUGAUGUGUAUUGGUGUACAGCCGACGUUGGUUGGAUCACUGGUCAUACUUAUGUUGUGUACGGUCCAUUGGCAAAUGGAGCUACUUCUAUUAUUUUCGAAGGUACACCGUUUUAUCCAGGAAACGAUCGAUACUGGGCAGUCAUCGAUAAAUAUAAAGUCACGCAAUUUUAUACUGCACCGACUGCAAUUAGAUCGCUUAUGAAAUUUGGAGAUGAUUUAGUAAAGAAGUAUGAUUUGUCUACUUUGAAGGUUUUGGGUUCGGUUGGAGAGCCAAUAAAUGCUGAAGCAUGGCUGUGGUUUUACAAUCUCAUAGGUCAUGGAAAAUGCAGUAUAUCGGAUACAUUUUGGCAAACGGAAACUGGUGGCCAUGUGAUCACUCCACUUCCUGGUGCUACGCCAAUGAAACCAGGUGCUGCAUCGUUUCCAUUCUUUGGCGUUUUACCAGAAAUUCUGGAUGAAGAUGGUCAUUUGGUCGAAGGUGAAGGUGAAGGAUAUCUCGUUUUCCGUCAACCGUGGCCGGGAAUGAUGAGGACUCUCUAUGGAAAUCAUCAACGUUUCCAAAGCACAUAUUUCGAUAAAUUUCAUGGAUAUUAUUGUACAGGAGACGGCGCUAGGCGUGAUACAGAUGGUUAUUUUUGGAUAACUGGUCGCGUUGAUGAUAUGUUGAAUGUUUCUGGUCAUCUUAUGUCUACGGCAGAAGUAGAAAGUGUAUUGACUGAACAUUCUUCGGUAGCUGAAGCUGCAGUAGUUAGUAAGCCACAUCCUGUAAAAGGACAAUGCCUUUAUUGCUUUAUUACACCCAAUGAGGGUGCCAAAUUCGACAAGAAACUUCAAGAUGAACUUAAAAAGAGAGUACGUGAACGAAUCGGUCCCUUUGCUCAACCGGAUGUUGUUCAACAUGCACCAGGACUGCCAAAAACACGGUCAGGCAAGAUUAUGAGACGUAUACUUAGAAAAAUCGCAGCAGGAGAUAGAAAUGUCGGUGACAUAUCGACAUUAGCCGAUGAAAGCAUCGUCAAUGUGCUUUUCCAAUUAAGGCCGCAAGUUUAAGUAAAUUUUCGGCAAUGUAACGACCUUCAAUGGAAACGUAGUAAUUUAGAAAUGAAUGAUAACGACACGCUUCCGGUGAUCGAUUAAAUAAAUAAGACUUUCAAAUUAUAGCCAUUGAAAAGAAUAACAUGAGAAGUUAAUAUAAAAAUUCAGGGGAAUGUGUAAAACUUGUUAAAAUACAGGGAGAAUAGUUUUUAUUAACGGGGGAAAAAUUGAACUCUGAAUUAAUAUCUUUAGAACAAAAUUUUACAAAACGUUACAACUUUCAUUACAUUAAUAGUUAUGAUAUUACUAUAUUUAUGAUACUAUUUAUGAAUUAUUUUAUAGAAAAUUAUUGCGCAAUAAUUGUUACUGCUUUCAGUCGAAUAUCAUCGUGGCAUGUCUUGCUUGAAACAGAAUAUUUCAUAAGUUUAUUCAUUAUUUGAAGAUGAAAAAUUUAAUUAAGCGGUUUGACUAUUUUUUUUAAUCAACAUAAAAUAUGAUUGCAUAAUAUGAAGAUGCGGAAAAUGUUACGUAACUAAAGAUAAUCAUCAAAAGUGUUUCAGACUCUUACUAAAGAACUAAAGUGAUGCUAAAAUUGACGAUUUCUCAGAAAUCGAUUAUAAAUAUAUUAAUUGUUGCAUAUCGAUUGACUUCAUAGCAGCAAUAUUUUUUGAAUAUAAGCGAAUAUCAAGAAAUCGAAUGACGCACGACAAAUAUUUAUCAUUGUUGAAAAUUUUUAUAAUGUGCAUUCUAAUGAUGUGCAUGUUUAAACGAUUUGUCUACAUUGAACAUGAAAGUAUCUCAGCUUUUGAAAAUUUUAAUUCUAAUUAUAUAUUAUAUGUGUAUAUACUUGAACGAUGGCGCCAGAUUAUGUUCUGACAGUAUAAUUUUAGAGAGAUUUUACGAUAUGAGAGCUCAGUUCAUUUUUAUUUAAGAGCCUAGCUGGUUAUAAAUUUUCACCUUACUUUUGUUCAACUUGUCAAGUUUCAAACGACUUCCAAUAAUGACAACGCUAAUAAAGGUUUCUAAUUGCAUUGUUUGAGCAUCUUGUUAGCAUGAUUAAAAAUACAACAACUGAAAGUACGAAUGCGGUUACAAAAAUAUUGCAAUCUGCGUAGUAUUUAAAGUGCUGCAAAAAUGUUUGCGAGUCCAUUAGAUAUAGCGUAAGAUUUUUUUGUCCAUAAUUCUCGAUUUUCUUUAGAUAUACACGAAUAAGUUAGCAAGGAAAAAGAAAAAGAAUUACGAGAAUAUAUAGAAACAAAUUAUUUAAUUUUAGCAAACUAUUUUUUUUACAAUGAUUUUCCGUUCCAGUAUGGAAAAACGGAAGACCUAAUCAUACGCACGAUCAUUAACGCACUUUGUGAAAGGAAGUUGGCAUUUUCUGUAAGUUACUAGAAGGCUGGUUUUAUAAUUGUUAUACUAUACGCAAGGUGGGUCAAACAAAACGUUGCCUCGUGUCCCUUGAUAGGGGCAUGUUACAUACAUAUCAUUCCUCGCGGAACAAAUUAAUUAUAGGUGUGAUGAUGAUAUAUAUAUAUAUAUAUAUAUAUAUAUAUAUUUAAAAAGUAUGUAUAUUAUAUGGAAUAAUGCAGAAAACAUCUAUAUAUGUAAAUAUAUCUAUGUUGAAGGACAUAAUUAUUACUGAUCUGUUAAGUGAAAUUCUUGUACUUUAUUUACUUCACCUUUUUCACUAGUCUCCAAUCUUAUCUAGCUUUUAUCGAAACGGAUCUUCUAGUUUUAAAAAUAGCAUUAGAAUAAGAAAUGAAGAGUUCAACAUGCACCUCCUGUUUAUUUAUAAUUAUUUUCUAUUGCGUUUAUUUUAUAUUUAUUUUAUAUCCCAUAAACAAUUUUUAUUUAAUAUCUGAUAUCCAAAUUUUGUUCUUAAAA